GAAACAGACUAUAUGUGUUGCUUACGGCAGUUCUUGUAUCCAUCUGAAGAGGGCUCGUACAAGUUGAUAAGGUUUUUGGUGGAGAGGCUUUCAGAUUCUUCUGAAGUUGGCGGAAAAGCUGGUCCAGAGGGUGACAAUGAUGAAAGGAAAGAAAAAGAAGGUAGCUCUGGAAGCAAUUUGGAGGACCAAACAACUGUUGAUGAGGAACCAGAUCUUAGUCGUGACAAAGUUCGAGUCAAGUUGGACAAACUCACAUUGAAGAGUCAAGUGCCUGAAAUAAGUGUUAACGAUGUGUACACCUCUAGCACAGGAAGAUUCAACAAGGACAGACAAACUAAUGUAUUUAGCGGGAAUCAUUUGACUUGAAAAGUGCAAAAUCAGGAGCA